CCACUUCGGCUCACGACGGCCCAACAUGAAGCUCGACGUGACUGCGAUGCGGUACAUCACGAAAAAGGAGUUCCGAGUCCUGACAGCGGUAGAGAUGGGCAUGAAGAACCACCAGUAUGUUCCGACUGAGCUCAUCUCGUCUAUUUCGGGGCUCAAGCACGGCGGCGUGUACAAGCUGCUCGGGACGCUCGCCAAGCACAAGCUCGUUCAUCACGAGCAGCGUGGAUAUGAUGGAUAUAAGAUCACCUUUCUCGGCUACGACUUUCUGGCAUUGCGGGCGCUGCUCAAGGCCGGGGAGGUGGCCUCGGUCGGGCAUCAGGUCGGAGUCGGUAAGGAGUCGGACAUCUUCCUCUGUGCCAACGAGGCCGGCGAGCAGAUGGUGCUCAAGCUGCAUCGGCUGGGGCGGACCUCGUUUCGGACCAUCAAGAACAACCGUGACUAUCACGGCAACCGGAGCCACGCCUCGUGGCUCUACCUCUCGCGGCUGAGCGCCAAGCGCGAGUUUGACUACAUGUCUGCGCUGCACACUGCCGGCUUUCCGGUCCCGGACCCCAUCGCGAACAACCGGCACUGCGUCGUCAUGUCGCUCAUCGAGGGCUCACCGCUCUCGCAGGUCCGAGUUGUUGACGAGCCAGCACUGCUCUACGAGCGUCUGCUAGCCAUGGUUGUCAAGUUUGCUGAGCACGGAGUCAUCCAUGGCGACUUCAACGAGUUCAACAUUAUGAUCACCGCCGACGAGUCUGACAUUGUUGUCAUCGACUUUCCGCAGAUCGUCUCCACCAACCACCCGGAUGCUGAGAUGUACUUUGACCGCGACGUCCACGGCGUCGUCCGCUUCCUCCGCUCCAAGCUCAAGUACGAGGCCGACGUGCCUCCGCCGGACCUCGCCGACAUUGUCCGCGUCUCCGACCUCGACGUUGCUAUCCAGGCCUCGGGCUACAACCACGAGGCGUCCGAGCUGGACCAGCACCACGAGGCCCACGGCGGUGCUGCCGCCAGCGCCGUCAACGGCGCAAGCAGCGGAAACGAGAGCGACGCCGCCGAGCCAACAACUGGCUCUGGUGAGGGUCAAGGCGAGAGCGAGUACGGCAACAGCGACGGCGAUGUCGAUGGCGACAAUCGAAGCUCCGAGGUCGCACCAGAGGUCGAUGCCGAGGCUGCCGAGGGUGCGGAGCAGUCCGGCACCCGUCGUCGCCGCCGCCGCCGGAAGAAAGAGUACGAUCCCAAGAAGGACACUUCCGCUGUCCGCUCGCGGCUCAAGCGCCAGCAGCGCCAGAAGGCGCGGUUCAAGCGCCGCAACCGCGUCAAGAACCGGUCGGCCAUCGAGGAUCGGCGUGCUGCCAAGGAGCGCUGGUAGAUGCCGGUGCGUUGACAUCGCUGCAUGCGGUGGUGAACUGGCCUGGGCCGCAGCGCCGCGGGAUCAAGGACGCCGGGCUCAGCAGUGUCUUCAAUGCAGUGGGCGAGGCGAACGGUAGGUUAAAGGUAACAUCACGA